AGCGUCUCGGGCCGAAGCCGCUGCCGGCCAAGAAACCGCCAUGAAGUUUCGCGCCAAGAUCGUGGACCUGGCUUGUCUGAAUCACUUCACACGUGAGCUGGCAGGGCUGCGGGGAGCGAGCGGAGAGUGCGGCUGCAGCCCUGAGUCAGUAACAUGAUAGCCAAACUUGCCAAAACCUGUACCCUCCGCAUCAGCCCGGAGAAGCUGAACUUCAUCCUUUCAGACAAGCUGGCCAGCGGUGGGGUGAGCAUGUGGUGUGAGCUGGACCAGGAAAACAUUUUUAGUGAAUUUCAGAUGGAAGGCGUCUCUGCAGAAAACAAUGAGAUUUAUUUAGAAUUAACGUCUGAAAACUUAUCUCGAGCCUUGAAGACUGCCCAGAACGCCAGAGCCUUGAAAAUCAAGCUGACUAACAAACACUUUCCCUGUCUUACAGUGUCUGUAGAGCUGCAGUUGUCCUCGUCUAGCAGUAGUAGAAUUGUGACCCAUGAUAUCCCCAUAAAGGUGAUUCCUAGAAGAUUGUGGAAGGACUUACAAGAACCCUCUGUCCCAGACUCUGAUGUCAGUAUUUAUUUACCAGCCUUGAAGACAAUGAAGAGUGUUGUGGAAAAAAUGAAAAAUAUCAGCAAUCAUCUGGUCAUUGAAGCAAACCUAAACGGAGAUCUGAACCUAAAGAUAGAAACUGAGUUGGUAUGUGUGACAACACAUUUUAAGGAUCUUGGAAACCCUCUAUUACCCUCUGAGAGUGUCUCUCAAAACAGACACCCGGAAGACAUGGUCGAGGUGCACAUCGACAUAAGGAAACUCCUCCAGUUCCUUGCAGGACAGCAAGUGACUCCCACCAAGGCUGUGUGCAGUCUUGUGAGUAACAGGAUUGUUCAUCUCGAUUUGCUUCUGGACGACAUCUCCCUUCAGUACUUCAUCCCAGCCUUGUCCUAGCGCCACCUCAGCAGACUGAGGAGCACAGAGACCUCUGCGUGAUGAGAGAGGCCUGGAUGUGUGCAGGGCAGCUGCCCGUCCUCACAGCACCGCAGGCUUGCACUCCGCUCUUUCUCUCCAUGCUGGCAUAGGUACAAGUGGAGUUAACGAAGCACAGUUAGAUAAUCAUUCCUUCGUAUUUCUCAAGACCAGCCCUUGUCCCCUUAUCCCCUGGGUCUAAGACAUGAAGAAGAAAAGACGGAAUUUUUUUCCUAGGGUCUUUUGUUGUUUUGUUCUCCUUUGGUGUCAGAGAUGAGAUCAGGGCCUUCUCUGUGCUAAGCAUGUGCUCUGCCACUGAGUUGCUCCCCAGCCUAUCUAAAGUGUGAGUAACAGUUUGUCACUGAUGUUGCAAGCUCAUCAUGUGUAUAGUCAGAAUUCACAGGAAUACUACCCAGCUAGUUCCCAGCUUAGUCCCUGGGAUGCUGCAGCUGUCUGUUUUCAGAUUUUCAGCAUGCUCAUCUCUCCCAACCACCAUGUCUGGGAGCUCAGUGCAAACCAUGCAACCCCUCUGUCCCUGGCAGCAUGCCUGGUUUCUCACCAAUACAGCUACAACAUGUGGAGCCUUGCCCAAGUUAUUGAAAGUUCAAGUUCACUUCCUUCUCACUGCCUGCAGAACCUCUCAGCCUGGGGAACCUGCAGAGCCUCUCCUCUCAGCCUGGGGAACACGCUGCUUGGGAGCCUGAGAUCCUGAAGACUAGCCAACCAGUUUCCAUCUUGAACUUGUCCAUCUGUAUACUUGUCGCUUGAGCCCACUUUGAUUUUAAGUCAUAACUUAUUUUACUUUUUUGUAGUGCUCAGGAAUGGGAACAUGUUACGCAAGCCCUCUAUGCCAAACUAUAUCCCUAGUCAUCUAAAUCAUAAUUUUACAUAAUUCUUCCACAGUUUCAGAGCCACCUUUCUCUAAAGCACAUUGUGUUUUGCAUGAAGCAGUUGAAGCUUGGCCAUCAUAGGCAAGGCUGUGUUCUGCUCCUGUUUUGGAGCUGGCUCACCAUGGAGGAUGUACUUCCUCCAAAAACACCCUAGCAGACUUCCUGAUUUAACUAGGUGUCAGGUAUCCCAUGAAGUGGCAUCAGAAACUGUUUCCAUGUUAGAGUUAAGAUCUAUUUUGCUAGGACAAGAUUUAAAAAAGGCAUGCGGGGUGUUGACUUUUCCAUGUUUAGGGAAAGUAUUGUUUCUUAAGCACUGCUAGGAUAAUAUAUUUGUUGCUGUUUCAGUUUUUAUUAGACAGGUUCUCGUGUAGUUUAAGCUGGCCUUAGAUGAGCUGGAGCUAAUAUUGUCCUUGAACUGCUGAGCCUCCUACGCCCCAGGUAUUUAGAUGACAGAUAUGAGCUGCCAUGCCUCUAGCUCUACUGAUAUUUAAUAAGAUAGAUUUAGUUAAACUAACAUUUUAAAAUUAGGGAUCUUUUUAAAUUGUUAAAGCAUUUCUCUUCUUUGGUUCAUAAUGAGAGGCAGUCCAGGUGCCAUGAUAUAGCCUCAAAAUCAUGAUGCAAAUGAAAUUUCAGGAAGUUCCCUAUGAAGCUUCUUUUUCUGUCUAAGUGUCAGUGCCUCACUUGUCUCUAAUGUCCCCACUGUGCCACAUGCUGUUGGUGAUGACUUUGCUUAGUAACUUAACAUGGGCGAGAAGAGCCCUUACUGGCAGUCUGGAGGCUGUGGUCUUUCUGGUUCUUGUCACAACUUUCUGCAUAGUGUUCAUAGCUGUAUCUCACAGAUCUGUAGUCAAAGGAGGGAGCUCAGAGUGGCGUUCGGGGUUUUGGAGCUACCUUGUGGAACCUCAUCCUGAGGUGAGAGCAGAGUUUUGCUAUGUAUAGAAGAAGCAUGGUGUCUGAGGCUUAGAGGCAUUUCCCCUUACUCUGAUUGCCUAAGACUUGGAUGUUGAAGAAUGCUUUCCUGAAUGUUAGAACCAGUGAGGUACCCCCUGACCUUGCCUGCCAGAGCUCAGAACCCGUAUCCCUGGUAGCCAUGCCUUGAACUGAGAUUUAAGACCGUCCUAAUGACGGGUCAAAAAUUCAGAAGAAUUCUUAAAGUAGCCAUUUUUGCCCAUGUCCAAGCAGCCCUUUCUACCCUGUGGGUCCCUGGUCCAGCAGGGAUCUUCCUACCCAUCAGUCUCCAGGCUGAGUGUGUCCUGCCCUGCAUCCUGCCACAAAGAAACCUGCUCUUGGAAGCCUGAAAGGCGGUUCAACAUUAGUUUUGACUUGAGGCAGGAAUACUGGUUCUUCCACCAGAUGCAGUGGCCGAUGACAUAUCGGUAAAUGUCACCCAAUUGGUUGAGUGUCUGUUGUUUUUAAGAGACAAAAUUCUGUACUUUUUUAUUUUAAAGACGUUGGGAUAUCAAAGUGCACAGCCUAGAGGUUCUUCCUAGAUGGUUCAGUCAUGCAGUCAGCCCACCUUUCACUCUGCGCCUUCCUCCUGGGCUACUUAGGAUUUACUCUCUGUUUCCAUACUUGCUUGUUCCGGAAAGCUUUCUAAACUCCUCCCCAGUGCCCAGGCCUCUGGUAACCACCCAUUCUUUACUUUUGCUGUGUGGGCCGAUGUGAGGUUCUUGACUCUCUUGACUCCGUAUUAGUGUCUGUGUAUUGAGUACGUACACACCUCAGCCUUCGCAGCAUGGCUUUGCCCAUGGCCGUCUUUGUAUAGUAAGUCUGUCUAGAAAUUCUGUAUGCCUGCACGUGCUGCAGCUAUUGCAAAGCUUGAUGCCAUUACCAUUUCUACGAGGGUGGACUUCUGCAUUCGGACUUCGAUGGCAGUGAGGCUCAUCCCCCCGCCUUUUUUCCCUUUUAAUGGCCCUGAGAAGUCUAGUUCUGCUCUGCACACACUGUCCCAUGUGAAGAUACCAGACUCAAGCAAGUCUCCUACAAAGUCUCAGAAUGUGGGGGAGCAAAAUGCCCGGCUCCCACCUAUUUUUUCCACUAUAGAAUCAAAUACAGGGACUUUCUCCAUGUGUGGUCCUGUGAGCUUGGUAGAGCAGUCUUAUAGUUACCCUGACUGUCUUUCUGCUCACGGUUUUGCAUUUCUCUGUGGCCCAGUGGGUACCACAACUUCACUUUGGCACUCAGGGAAUUCAGGAUGGUCGCCUCGCUCUGGAAAGUUACUAGUUGGAAAUAUGUGACGACUUGGAAAAGCCAUAGAUUUCUACUCCGCCAUUUUACUAAUGCCACACUCCAAUUCUGUGCUUUUGUGUGGAUUCUGAUGGAGAAUCUAAAAGAGAGCUUGGGCUUGUGGAUUUUUCUCUAAGCAGUGUUCAACUAGGAGGUGAUAAAUUAGGGUCACUUGGACAUUAGGGAGGGGGUGUUAGCACCACUUCCUGGCAUGCAGUUUGCUAUCUACUAUCUGUGGGAAAGCUUGAAACUGCUCCUUUUGAUUACUACUUACGCUAGUAAGACUUCUUACACAGGUUAUAGUCAAAUCUGAGCACUGUUAUAAAUUAAGGAUUUCUUAAUGUGAAUGACUGGGGAAUUGGCAGGUGGUCUGAUCUGUGUGUGAGGCAAUGUCAUUUCCUAAUGUUACAGGACAAAGCACUAUAUGUAUGGUAACAAAGCCAGUGGGAUGUUGGUGUUCAAUGUGGCACAGAAGACCAGGAAGUGUACAUCUAAACCCAGCUAGCUCUGGGUGAUUUUUAUUUCAGUGUUUUUAUAUGUGUGUGUUUUCUGGCAAUUUCGUAACCAACUUUGUAAUAAAAAUAUUUUUAUAGACUUAAAUAAAUAUUUAUUAUUUGACUAUUA